AUGUCACUCGCAGGGAAGAUCGCCAUCGUAACCGGUGCCUCCCGCGGCAUCGGCGCCAGCAUCGCCAUCGAGCUCGCCAAACAAGGCGCCUACAUAACUCUAACCCAUUCCUCCCCCUCCAGCGGCCCCGAAAUCGAAGCCGUCGUCGCCACCAUCUCCGCCCUGAACACAGGCGCCCGCACAAACAUAGUCCUAGCAGACCUCACCUGCCCAGACUCCGCCUCCAAAAUCCUCACCUCAACCCUCUCAGCCUUUCCCGCACCGGACUCCAAAAUCGACAUCCUGAUCAACAACGCCGCUGUCUUUCACUGCGCACCUCUCCCCGCCACCACCCCCUCAGAUAUACUCAACCUCUUCGCCCUAAACGUCCACGGCACGAUCCUCCUAACUAGAGCCGUCCUCCCAAACCUCCGCGCGCCAGGCCGAAUCAUCAACCUCAGCUCCGUAGCGGCUCGACGCGGCUCCCUGGGCGGAAGUAUCUACGCGGCCACAAAAGCCGCAGUAGAGGGGUUUACACGGGCCCUGGCGUUCGAGAUCGGGAUCAAGGACGGUCAUACGGUGAAUGUGGUUGCGCCUGGCGUGACGGAGUCGAGAAUGUUGAGGGAGCAGGUUCCUGUGGAGUUGACGGAUUUUAUGAAGUUGAGUACCCCGUUGCAGCAGAGGGUGGGUAGGACGGAGGAGGUGGCAAAGGUAGUGCUUUUUUUGGUGGGUAGGGAUGCGGGUUGGGUUACCGGACAGACGGUUUGUGUUAGUGGGGGGUUGAAUAUGAUAUGA